AUGUAUCGUUUCACUCAAUUGGCAAAAAACAAUGUUGCCAAACAUUUGUUUAGGAAUUACGCCAAGGAUGUAAAAUUUGGAGCCGAAGUAAGGAAACGUAUGCUCGAAGGGGUCGACGUUCUCGCCGACGCUGUAGCAGUCACUAUGGGUCCAAAGGGACGAAAUGUUAUCCUGGAACAAUGUUGGGGCACUCCGAAGAUCACAAAGGACGGCGUGACAGUUGCCAAAAGCAUUGAACUGGAAGAUAAAUUUCAGAAUAUCGGAGCCAGACUCGUGCAGGACGUAGCCAACAACACUAAUGACCAAGCGGGCGACGGCACGACAACCGCAACGGUGCUGGCGCGGGCUAUUGCCAAAGAAGGAUUUGAAAAAAUCAUCAAAGGAGCCAACCCGGUGGAAAUAAGAAAAGGUGUUAUGUUAGCUGUGGAAGCGGCAAAACAGCAUUUGUCCAAGUUGUCUAAAGAGGUACAGACUUCUGACGAAAUCGCUCAAGUAGCCACAAUAGCUACAAACGGCGAUAAUAGCAUUGGCAAACUUGUUUCGUCUGCGAUGGAAAAAGUGGGUAAGGACGGUGUAGUAACGGUCAAGAGCGGGAAAACCUUGGACGACGAAUUGGAAGUAAUCGAAGGAUUGAAAUUCGAUAAAGGUUAUGUGUCGCCGUACUUUGUCAAUAAUGCGAAAGGCGCCAAAGUGGAAUUUCAAGACGCUUUGGUAUUGUUCAGCGAGAAAAUGAUUUCUUCUAUACAGUCGAUAAUUCGUCCUUUGGAAUUAGCCGCCGCCCAACGCAAACCCCUCGUUAUCGUGGCUGAAGAUUUCCACAGUGAUGUAACUGGAAUGCUAGUAUUGAACAGAUUGAAACUUGGCCUUAACGUGGCCGCCGUUAAGGCUCCGGGCUUCGGCGAUAACCGCAACGACAUGUUGACCGAUAUGGCUAUCGCCACUGGCGGUGUAGUAUUCGGGCAAGAAGGAAACGAAUUGAAAUUGGAAGACAUUGUGGCCGAACAUUUUGGCGAGGUCAAGGAAGUGGUCAUUACCAAAAACGACACGUUACUGCUGAAGGGCAAAGGCUCGGAAAAAGACGUGGAAAGCCGUGCCGAAAAAAUCCGGGACGAAAUCGAAGCUAGUGAAAACGGCAAAAGUGAAAUACUGCAACAACGUUUGGCUCGUUUGGUUUCCGGUAUAGCCGUGCUGAAAAUCGGCGGCAGCAGUGAAGUGGAGGUGAACGAAAAAAAAGAGCGAGUGAACGACGCGUUGAACGCCACCCGCGCUGCCGUCGAACAAGGUAUCGUCCCCGGGGGCGGCACCGCUCUGAUCCGUUGUUGUGCUGUACUGGACGACUUACGGGGGUCCAACGACGACCAACAAAUCGGAGUUGAAAUCGUAUGGAACGCGUUGACUAUGCCGUGCAUGACGAUCGCCCAAAACGCAGGCGUAGACGGAAGUGAGGUGGUCGCUAAAGUGUUGGACGGCACAGACAACUACGGUUACGACGCGUUAAACAACGAGUACGGCGACAUGAUCGAAAAAGGAAUUAUCGAUCCCACCAAGGUCGUUAAAACCGCACUGAAAGACGCUGCCGGUGUUGCGUCCCUGUUGACCACGGCGGAAGCGGUAGUAGUGGAGUUGCAGAACAGGGAUGAACAGUCGUCGGCCGUGGCGUAA